AUGAGGUUGAUAUCUUUUCUCACCUGCUUGGUUGCCUUCGUGGCACCAGCAUUGGCAGUCAAAUACCUGGAAUCCAAUUCAUUGAAUGUGUGUAUGGACAGCAGUAACUUCACUGCCACCUAUUUCCAUGUGGUUUUCUACCCUAACAACAACUCACUUAUGCUUGGUUUUGAUGGUGUCUCAUACAUCUCGGGCAAGGUCGUGGCAGAUUUGACCCUAACAGCUUACGGUUACAAGGCGUACUCAAAUACGAUCGAUCCUUGCUCAAUUGCAGGCAUGGGCAUGUGUCCCAUGGCCCCGGGUCCGAUUGAUUUGCCCUCUGUUUCGUUGACACUGCCAAACAAUACCGCCUCGAAAAUUCCGGGCAUCGCGUACACAGUUCCAGAUUUGGAUGCGGAUGUGCGAAUUGUGAUCAAGGAAAAGGAUACCGGCGAAGCAAUUGCUUGUGUGGAAGCAGCACUUUCCAAUGGAAAAACUGUCUACCAGGUUUCAGUGGCUUGGGUGACGGCAAUCAUUUCAGGCCUGGGUCUCACAGCAUCCGCCAUUACCUCUGGGCUAGGCCACUCCAACACUGCCGCUCAUGUUGCAGCAAAUGCAUUAUCCCUAUUUGGUUUCAUGCAGUCACAGGCUAUGAUUGGCAUGACCUCGGUUCAUAUGCCUCCAAUUGUGGAAUCGUGGACUCAGGUAUUCCAGUGGAGUAUGGGUAUCAUUCAUGUCGGCUUCCUACAAACUAUUUGCACUUGGUAUCAACGUGCAACUGGUGGUACUCCAUCGACGCUCCUUUCCUCACUGAGCUCAAAUUCAGUGGAGCUGCUCAGGAAACGCGCUAUUGAUCCUGCUCUUACUCUCAUGAAACGAGGAGCCCAUGUUUUUGGCAAACGGGACGCCAGCCAGAAAGUUGAGAUUGUGCGAGGCAUCGAUCGUGUUGGAUUUCGUGCCAAUAUUGAAGAGACCAACAUUUUCUUAACCGGUCUCAUUUUCUUCGUUGUCUUCGUUUUUCUGGUUGUCAUUUUCAUUGCGUCCUGCAAGGGCAUCUGCGAACUCCUCGCCAAGCAUGGCAAGAUCAAGAGCGACAAGUUUCAGGACUUCCGUCAUGGGUGGAAGAUUGUUCUUCGCGGUAUUCUAUUUCGACUCACCUUGAUUGGAUUUCCUCAAAUGGCUGUCCUCUGUCUCUGGGAAUUUACUCAGCGUGACUCGGCAGCCGAGGUGGUCUUGGCUGUGGUCAUGAUCGUUUCUAUGGUCAUUGCACUGGGCUGGGCAUCCCAAAAGGUUAUUCGUUUGGCCAGACGCUCGGUCACCAUGCACAGAAAUCCGGCAUACAUUCUCUACUCUGAUCCCGCUUGCUUGAACAAAUGGGGUUUCCUGUAUGUGCAGUACAGGGCAACCGCUUACUACUUUGUUGUUCCCCACCUCGUGUACGUUCUCGUCAAGGGAAUGUUCAUCGGGUUGAGCCAGCCGGCCCCCGUUGUUCAAACUGUGGCUUUGGUUGUCAUCGAGGCUGCCAUGUUGGUUGCUGUAUGUGUCCUUCGGCCAUGGAUGGAUAAGAAAACCAACGUUUACAACAUUUCAAUUGCGGUUGUGAACUUCGUCAACGUCAUUUUUCUGCUGGUUUUCUCAAAUGUGUUCAACCCUCCAGGUCUGAUGAUCGGUGUGAUGGGCGUUGUCUUCUUUGUGUAUAACGCCGCAUUCUCACUCGUCCUUCUUAUUCUUGUCUUGAUCGCUUCGGUCUAUGCUAUUUGCUCCAAGAACCCUGAUAUUCGAUACCAGCCUAUGCGCGAUGACCGAGGAUCAUUUAUCAAGUCGCAGACCCAGCUCAACACAGAAUUGGAUGCCUUGGGUGCUACUGCUAGAGGUGAUAUGAAAUCACAAUCCUACCAACAAGGCCCAUUUGAAGAAGAUUCGGUUUCCAUCUCUAGCGGUCCUCACACCUCUAGUAUUGGUCAGCAGCAACAACGCUUUGAUGCCCUGAACAUGCAACAAUCACAAAAUACCCGAUCACCCGUCGAUCCAUCAGUGCCGCUCAUGCCCAGCAAGGCAUCGAGUCAACGGAGUGGUCCUCCAGAUUAUGAAAACAUGCCUGUUGGGCAAUCAGCACUAGCGACAAACCACAAAGCCCAGAGUACGACUCCUUGGCAACGAGGAGCGGGCUAUGAGUAA